UACUUCCACACAACAACAGAACAGAUUAGGCGCGCACGCAAGCACGCACACCAAAGCUUCAUUCCUUGGCUUCAAUGGCGUUCCCUCUCUCUCCCUCCCUCAACCUUUCCAUUGCUCCAACCAGCCGAAUCACAUGCUUCUCCAAGAAGCAACACGCGAAGGAAGCGGCGGCGGCGGCGGCGGUGGUCACCUCGGCGGAGACGAUAAUGAAGCGGUUAAGGAGUGUGGUUCCGGUCGUGAUUGCGUCGGUUCAGAUUAGUGCCUUGGUUCUGGUGGUUGAUUACGUGUCGUAUCCCGGUGCUGCCGAAGCGGUUCUGUAUUCGCCGGAUACGAAGGUUCCGAGGACCGGAGAGGUUGCUCUCAGGAGAGCCAUCCCUGCCAAUGCCAGCAUGAAGGCUAUACAGGUUUGCUUGCUUAGUUGCUUUCGUCGUCUUGCUUUCGCGAAUGUGCUUGUGAAUUGUGAUUAACACUGUGUUUGGUUGACUUUGGUCUAGAGGAAGUA